AGACUUCCAGGCCGCUGUUGGCGGGUUUGGCCACCUCGAACGGCAGCGCCUUUCGCCGGCCAUGGAGCUCAGCGCGGAGGAGUGGAAGAUGCGAAGCGCCCAGACGAAGGCGAAGGUGGAGGAGCUGCUGAAGAGUCGCCAGGGCCGUGAAGCGCUGGCGGAAGCGCUCAGGGAUCCACCUUACAGCGCCCCGGCGGAGACGAAGGACCAAGCGGCCAAGACGCUGCUGCUGGCGAUGUCUGCCUUCCGCGAGGCAGAGAUCAAGGAUGCAACAGCCUUCCUGGGGGAAGAGGCGCAGAACCUUUUGAUGAAGUAUCUCUACAGGUUCUGGGGCCAAAGCCUGCCGGCGAAAACCAAUGCUCAGCUCUUCGUGUGGCAUGCCGCGCUGGUAUCACAGGCUGGAACCGGCUGCAUUGUCAGGGUGCUCUAUGACUGGAACUGGCCUUGAUCCCGUUGCCGCGUGAGCAAAAAGGAGCAAGGCCUACAUGGUGAGCUGCUCGAGCUGUUGUGACCAUUUAGCUUUGUGCAACGCCAGCAUCAAGC